AUUUCCUCAUUUCUCUCCCUCCUGCUGCCCUCAGCCCGCCUGCCUGUUAGCGGGGCUCCGACAAGGAGCGGAGGCUUGUGGGUAACGGGGAGGCCAUAGCAGCGGCAACAGGAAUAGUUCCCUAAGGCGGGAGCAGCAGCAACAGCGGAGACAAAAAUGGGGCGAUAGCUGCAGUCAUUAGAGUAACUGAAAGGGCAGUAACUUGCAAAGAGGGGGGUGUUUGAGGCAGCCAGACCCAUUGAGUGACAGAAACGCCCGAGAGAGAGAGAACUCAGCGAGGCGGGCCUAGCCCUCCCUCCAAAAGAGGAGGAGGAAGAAGAGGGAGGAAGCUGGGCUCUUCUACCGCUGGCUUGCCGGCUUGCCUCCUCUCCUCUCCUCUUGUCUUCUCCCCGUCGGGUAUUGACCUGGUGCAAAAUGGCCGAGGCAGAGUGGGAAGCCCAGCCGUGACUUGUUUUCCCGCCUAGUCUGUGGAGAAGAGGGCGAGGGUGAAAAACGCGGCGGCGGUGGUAGGAGCUUCCCGCGGGAAUCGACGCUUUCCUCCCCUCCGCCGCCCACCUUCCCCCUCUCUAGGCAGUUCAUGCUUGGGAAGCGGAGUGGGGGCUCCAGGGGGGCGGGUGAAGCAGCGGCGAUAGCGCCCGCCCCAAUCGGGGGAGGAGGAGGGAGAGGGCGGCCGCUUGCGCCCCUCUCUUGCUGCUGAGACAGGCCUGGCCGGACCAGGCCAGACCGAGCAAGCCCCGUCUUUUCCUCUCGGCCGGCUGGCGGGCUGCUCUGCUUUCCACAGCCGCGACUCAAUAGGCCCUGAAGCGGAUACUUACCGGCGGUCCUGGCGGCGGAAGGCGCUCCUUGCUUGCUGCUGCCGCCGCCGCCCUCCUUUCCUCCUGCCAGACAGCCAUCGCCGGGCUUGCCUUGGCGCCCGGGAAGGGAGAGGAAAAAGAAAGUGGUAGGAAACCCGCCGGGAGCGGGAGAAUGAACCAUCAGCAACAGCAGCCGGUGAAAAUGUUUGCUUCCCCGCCGCUAGAAUGCGGGGAAGGGAUCACGGGGCGCCAAAGGAAGCUGGAGUCCAUGAUCCGGGACCCCCGGUCUCCGGUCAAUGUAGAAAGUUUGUUGGAUAUUUUGAACUCCUUAGUUCUUGAUCUGGAUUAUCCAGCACUGAGGAAGAACAAGAACGUAGACAACUUCUUAAACAGAUAUGAAAAAGUUGUAGAAAAAAUCGGUGCUCUUCAAAUGAAAGCAGAAGACUAUGAUGUUGUUAAAGUGAUUGGAAGAGGGGCAUUUGGUGAAGUACAGCUGGUUCGCCAUAAAAUAACACAGAAGGCUUAUGCAAUGAAACUUCUUAGUAAAUUUGAAAUGCUCAAACGAUCAGAUUCAGCCUUUUUCUGGGAGGAGAGAGAUAUAAUGGCCUUUGCCAACAGUCCAUGGGUAGUUCAGCUUUUUAGUGCCUUUCAAGAUGACCGAUACCUAUACAUGGUAAUGGAAUACAUGCCAGGUGGAGAUCUUGUCAACCUCAUGAGCAAUUAUGAUGUGCCUGAGAAGUGGGCCAAAUUUUAUACAGCUGAAGUCGUCCUUGCUCUUGAUGCAAUUCAUUCCAUGGGCUUGAUUCAUAGAGAUGUGAAACCUGACAACAUGCUUUUGGAUAAAUACGGACAUCUGAAGCUUGCAGAUUUUGGUACUUGUAUGAAAAUGGAUGAAACAGGGAUGGUGCAUUGUGAUACCGCCGUUGGAACACCAGACUACAUAUCACCUGAAGUAUUAAAGUCGCAAGGUGGUGAUGGUUAUUAUGGGCAGGAGUGCGACUGGUGGUCUGUAGGAGUUUUCCUGUUUGAGAUGCUAGUUGGAGAUACUCCAUUUUAUGCCGAUUCAUUGGUGGGAACAUAUAGUAAAAUAAUGGAUCAUAAGAACUCGUUACAUUUCCCAGAAGACGUAGAAAUCUCGAAGCAUGCAAAAGACCUUAUUUGUGCCUUUUUAACAGACAGGGAGGUGCGUCUCGGAAGGCAUGGUGUAGAAGAAAUUAAAUCUCAUCUGUUCUUUAAGAAUGAUCAAUGGGAUUGGGAUAACAUUCGAGACACUGCAGCACCGGUUGUACCUGAGCUGAGUAGUGACAUAGAUAGCAGCAAUUUUGAUGACAUUGAAGAUGAUAAAGGAGAUGUUGAAACCUUUCCGGUCCCCAAAGCCUUUGUUGGAAACCAGUUGCCUUUCAUAGGAUUUACUUACUUUAGAGAGAACCUGUUGCUAAGUGACUUUUCUGAACUCUGUAGGGAAGUUGAACCCUGCAAGAACAAUGGGACAAAGAAAAACGAGGCAAAGAAAAAUGAGGAUAGUGAAGAGUUUGCACUGUUUCAGGAAAAAGUAAGCAAAUUGGAAGAUCAACUUCAUAAUGAAAUACAAGCCAAGGAUGAGCUUGAGCAGAAAUUCAGAACUAUUAAUAAUCGCCUAGAGAAGAUAAUGAAGGAAUUGGAUGAGGAGGUAACCUCAAGAAAAAAUCUGGAAUCUGCCUUAAGACAGUUGGAAAGAGAGAGAGCUCUUCUCCAGCAUAAGAAUGCAGAAUACCAGAGGAAAGCAGAACACGAGGCAGAUAAAAAACGCAAUCUAGAAAAUGAUGUUAACAGUUUAAAAGACCAGCUUGAAGAUUUGAAAAAGAGGAAUCAGAACUCUCAAAUAUCAAAUGAAAAAAUAACUCAACUACAAAGACAGCUGGAUGAAGCCAAUGCUUUGCUGCGCACAGAGUCUGAUACAGCAGCCAGGUUGAGAAAAAACCAGACAGAAAGUACAAAGCAGAUUCAGCAGCUGGAAGCUAAUAACAGAGAUCUUCAGGAUAAGAACUGUGGACUAGAGAAUACUAAACUCAGACUUGAGAAGGACUUCCUCAAUCUGCAGUCAGCUCUAGAAUCUGAAAGAAGAGAUCGAACACAUGGGUCGGAGAUUAUUAAUGACCUACAGGCCCGCAUAUCUAGUUUGGAAGAAGAAGUAAAAAAUGGAAAGAUUGUAUUAGCUAAAAUGGAGACAGAGAAAAGACAAUUACAAGACAGAUUCACAGAUCUGGAGAAGGAGAAGAGCAAUACGGAAAUAGACAUGACGUACAAGCUUAAAGUCAUCCAGCAGAACUUGGAGCAAGAAGAAGCUGAACAUAAGGCAACAAAAGCCCGACUAGCAGACAAAAAUAAAAUCUAUAAGUCCAUUGAGGAAGCCAAAUCUGAAGCCAUGAAAGAAAUGGAAAAGAAGCUUUUGGAAGAGAGAGUUUUAAAAGUAAAAGUAGAAAACUGCUUAUUAGAAGUAGAGAAGCGCUGUUCCAUGUUGGAUUGUGACUUGAAACAGUCGCAACAGAAAAUAAACGAGUUGCUAAAGGAAAAAGAUAAAUUAAGUGAGGAUGUUGAAAAUCUGACACUAAAAAUAGAACAGGAAACGCAAAAGCGCUCUCUGACACAAAAUGACCUGAAGAUGCAAACGCAGAAUGUCAAUUCUUUGAAAAUGUCGGAAAAACAACUAAAGCAGGAAAACAACCAUCUUUUGGAAAUCAAACUCAGUUUAGAAAAGCAGAAUAACGAACUUCGCAAGGAACGUCAAGAUGCUGAUGGACAGAUGAAGGAACUUCAAGACCAACUUGAAGCAGAACAGUAUUUUUCAACACUGUAUAAAACUCAAGUUCGGGAACUGAAAGAAGAAUGUGAAGAAAAGACAAAAAUCUGUAAAGAAAUGCAACAAAAAAUACAAGAGUUGCAGGAUGAGAGGGAUUCUUUGGCAGCGCAACUUGAGAUUACUUUAACUAAAGCAGAUUCAGAGCAGUUGGCUCGCUCCAUUGCUGAAGAACAGUACUCUGAUUUGGAAAAGGAAAAGAUAAUGAAGGAAUUAGAAAUAAAAGAAAUGAUGGCUAGGCAUAAGCAGGAACUUGCUGAAAAAGAUGCCACAAUAGGAUCUCUGGAAGAAGCAAAUAGGACACUAACUAGUGAUGUGGCUAAUCUUGCAAAUGAGAAAGAAGAAUUGAAUAACAAGCUCAAAGAAGUACAAGAACAAAUUACCCUAAUGAAUGCAGAAGAAGAUGAGAUAGUGCUGCUGAAGAACCAAUAUGAGAAACAGCUGGCUUAUGAGCGAACGAUGAAAACACAGGCUGUAAAUAAGUUAGCUGAAGUGAUGAACCGUAAGAAUCCUAUCCAGCGAGGAGCUGACACUGAUGUUAGAAGAAAAGAAAAAGAGAACAGGAAACUGCAUAUGGAGCUGAAGUCCGAACGUGAAAAAUUAACUCAGAUGAUGAUCAAAUAUCAGAGGGAGAUAAAUGAGAUGCAAGCACAAAUAGCGGAAGAGAGCCAGAUACGAAUAGAACUGCAAAUGGCUCUGGACAGCAAAGACAGUGACAUUGAGCAGCUUCGCUCACAGCUUCAAUCAAUACACUUUGGUCUAGACAGCACCAGUAUAUCCUGUGGCCCUGGGGAAACAGAAGCCGAAGAUGGAUUCCCUGAGUCACGACUAGAGGGUUGGCUAUCGUUGCCUGCCCGAAACAAUACAAAAAAAUUUGGAUGGGUUAAAAAGUAUAUAAUUGUGAGCAGCAAGAAGAUACUAUUCUAUCACAGUGAGCAAGAUAAGGACCAAUCAAACCCUUACAUGGUGUUAGACAUAGACAAAUUGUUCCAUGUUCGGCCUGUCACGCAAACUGAUGUGUACAGAGCAGAUUCCAAAGAUAUUCCUAGGAUUUUCCAGAUCCUGUAUGAUAAUGAAGGAGAAAGCAAAAAGGAGCAAGAAUUUCCCGUAGAGUCAGCAGGGGAGAAGUCAAAUUAUAUUUGCCACAAAGGACACGAGUUCAUACCAACACUGUAUCACUUUCCAACCAACUGUGAGGCUUGUAUGAAGCCCUUAUGGCACAUGUUCAAACCUCCUCCUGCUUUGGAAUGCCGCCGCUGCCAUAUUAAAUGUCAUAAAGAUCACAUGGAUAAAAAGGAAGAGAUUAUAGCACCUUGCAAAGUUAAUUAUGAUAUUUCAACUGCAAAGAAUCUACUACUGUUGGCCAAUUCUACAGAGGAACAGCAGAAAUGGGUGAGCCGCCUGGGGAAAAAGAUUCCCAAAAAGCCUCCAGCACCAGAUCCUUUCGCACGAUCAUCACCAAGAACUUCCAUGAAAAUACAACCAAACCAAUCAAUAAGACGGCCAAGUAAACAACUCCCUCCGAACAAAAAGGAAGGCUUUCCUACAAGAUUGAUUGAUAUGACAUGUAGAGACUGGGAUUGGUCAUUUGAUGAUUUUGAUAUUGAUAUUGAUUUUAAUAUUGAUGCUGAGAACGAUAACGAACUUGAUGAUAGCGAUGAUGAUAACGAUGUGUUCUGAAGAGCUAACUGCCUUCUUAUGAAUACAGUCUCUACUGAAGGGGAUAAGACUGAACCAUCAUCUGCGGAUUUACAAAUAUAUAUGUUUCUGAAAGACAGUUUAUAUAUAAAUAUAUAUAUCAGAAGUUUA